CCUCGGCCGCUGCUGGCCCCGGCUGCGCCGUCCGGCCCUGGCUGGGCGAGCGGGGGGACGACCAUGAGCGCCUUGCGGGAUGUCUCGCUGCAGGACCCGCGGCUGCGCUACGAGCUCAUCCAGCGCAUCGGCUCGGGCACUUACGGCGACGUUUACAAGGUGCGCAAAAGACGGCGCGCCCAGGGCGCACGGCCGGCUUUUUUGGAGAGGGAUCCUGGAGAUGACAUCGGAUCCAUUCAGCAAGAAAUCACUACGCUCAGGGAUUGUCGCCAUCACAAUGUUGUGAUGUAUUUUGGAAGCUACCUCAGGAAUGAUCGGCUGUGGAUUUGUAUGGAAUACUGUGGAGGAGGAUCCUUGCAGGAGAUUUAUCACACUAUUGUUCCUCCUUCUCUCUCCUCCACAGCCGACUUUGGGGUCUCGGCAGAAUUGACCGCUUCGGUGGCCAAGCGAAAAUCGUUCAUCGGAACGCCCUAUUGGAUGGCACCAGAGGUGGCCGCGGUGGAGAAGAAAGGCGGAUACAACCACCUGUGCGAUAUCUGGGCCCUGGGCAUCACCGCCAUUGAACUGGCCGAGCUGCAGCCACCACUCUUUGACCUGCAUCCCAUGAGGCUUAUGACGUUUUCCCCGAUAAAAUCUGUUCGAGUAAGCCACGUGGGCCAUCAGAAGGCACCCUCUCUGAGAUCCAGCCAGACCGAAGAAGAGGAAGAGAAUUGGAUGGUUCUUGGAGAUGGAGAGAGCCUGCUUCAGUCCGUCGAAGAGGCCUUAGAAGAGAGGAGUCUAACCAUCCGCCCAGCGCAUCCUACAGAGCAGACCCAGGAAGAGCAGCGGACGGGGGGACUUGGGGAGGAAUUGUCCAGCACUAUCAAAAGAGGACCCUUUUGGGAUUUUCUCAACAUGGAGCUGACGUAUAAGGCUCCCUGGGAGCAGGAUGGAGAGCGCUCGGAUCUGGAAGGGCCCAGGAGCCACACCGCCCCAGAGGCUGCUGUGUCAUGGAUUACCCCCUACGCCCAAAGUUCAUAUGGGAGCUUGCUUUUCCAAAGUUUUCAACGGCUGCCCGCUGAAGAUCAACUCAGCUACAACGUGGAUCCAUCCAGAAACACGAGAUCUGUAUCUGGUGGUGGGAGCAGAGGAAGGUAUAUACACCUUGAAUCUUCACGAGCUCCACGAAGACACGAUGGAGAAGCUCCUUCCCCACCGAUGCUCUUGGGUCUACUGUAUUAACAACACCCUCCUGACUUUGGCAGGUGAGUCUCUAGGGGAACGUCCUCUCGUCCUGGCCAGCCACGUCACUCAGAUGGACCGAGAUACCGUCCUUGUUUGUUUUGAACUACAUUUUAAUCCAUUUUCCUUUCAUGGCAGGAAGUUCGCUCUGUCAGCCAAGAUAGCAGAUACCAAAGGGUGCCUUAAAUGUCAAGUUGUCCGAAAUCCUUACUCAGGAAACACCUUUCUGUGUGCCGCCCUGCCCUCCAGCCUGGCUCUCCUACAGUGGUACGAACCCCUGCAGAAAUUUAUGCUACUGAAGCACGUCCCCGUGCUGCUCCCCGACCCCCUCUCCCUUUUUGAGCUGCUGGUCGUGGAGUCAGAGGAAUACCCUCAAGUCUGCUUCGGCGUCACCGGCAGCGAUCAGCCGGGAGCCGAGCUGCAUUUCAGCGUCCUCUCGCUCAGUACCGGCCACACCACCUCCAGCCCUUCCAUGUGCCUUCAAGACAGUGUCUUGGCUUUCUGGAAACAUGGCAUGCAAGGCCGAAGCCUGGAAUCUAGUGAGGUGACCCAGGAGGUCACAGACGAAUCCAGGGUGUUCCGAGUCUUGGGUGGUCACAGGGACAUCAUCCUUGAGAGCACCCCAACCGACAAUCCCACGGCGCAGAGCAACCUCUACAUCCUGACGGGUCACGAGAGCAGCUACUGACUUUCCUCCACUCCCAGGCCCUGCGCAGGCAAUGUGGAGCCUUCCUGAGCCGACGGCGGCAACGUCCCGGAAUCGGAGAUGCUCUGGGUGGGCGUUGACAGAGGACAGCUCAGAUGGUCCUGGAUCCUGGACCGAAUGCUGGUUGGGCACCAGAGAUGGUCUUGGCGCCUGGCUGGCCCUGCUCCCCAUAUUCGGGGCCAACGUUUCUUGAGAUAAUUCUGCAAUAAUUCAACCGCUUGGCAGUUCGGGAGAAACUCGCACCAGGAUCCCGGCUGACACCUUGUGCCUGCUUCGAUGCUUCUUCCUUCCCCCGCCCCGCCUCUUCCUCUUCCUUUAAAAUGUCUAGAUGGUGUGUGGGUGCCACAUCUUGGCACUCCCGACAGAGUGAAGACAAUCGUUUGCCACGGGUAUAAGAAGCCACCUUCCUUCUUAAGCUUCAGCUUUUACGUCUUCAGGGCACAUUGAAGUUCUGGGCUGUUAUUCCGGAAUAAGGGGCGAGGGAUAAAUGUUUAUUUUUUGGGGGGGGCAGCCAGCUGGAGAAAUUUAGGGCCCCACCCAGGACGAACGAAACCGGGUUUAAUGGAAUGGAUGUGAUAGUCAGGGGUGAAAUCAACUUACCUUUGGUCCAGUAGCAGUGUAAGUGAUUGCUCGCUUGCGCCACCUCUGCAGAUGCACGGGACCUCCCACGCAUGCACAGAGCAUUACAAACGGACAUAAUGAUGUCCGAGAAAUGGGCGGAGCCUGCUACCAACCGCAUU